AGAGGGACGACCAGAGCAGACCGAGCGGCAAGUCACUCACACAAAACGACACUGACAGUACUGCAACUGCAAAGACACCGAGAGGAAUAGAAGAUCUCACGUCUGUGAAUUAAAGACCACCUCUAAGGCCAUGGCCAGAUCACUUGAAGCAUUAUUCCUCCUUUCUGCUCUCUGCUGCUGCCUAGCGGACAGUGUCGAGCUGCUCCGCGCUAAGAGAGGGACUCGCUUUUACAGAGGUGAGCCUGUCAGGCAGCCAACUAGACGGACGCUUUUGAUUAUUCAUGUCGAGAAGUCACCUUCACCUUCCUUUGACACCUCCUUACUUUGUGUGGAUAGUGAGACGUCAGCAGUGCGUAGUUAUGGCGACACGUGGCUGCGAUGGAGGGGACAGCGUGUGGAGUAUUGCCGUUGUGCGUUAAGAGGACGAGAGCGUUGUCAUGUUGUACCCGUCAUCAACUGCUACGUGUCUCAGUGCUACAACGGAGGAACCUGUAAGGAGGCCGUCUACACAUCAGACUACAUCUGCCAGUGUCCUCCAGGCUUCAGCGGGACUCAGUGUGAGAUCAACACCAAUGAGAAGUGUGCGGUGGGGCAGGGCGAAGGCUACCGCGGCACAUGGAGCAUCAGCCAUUCAGGAGCAGAGUGCAUCAACUGGAACUCCACGUCUCUGAGGGGAAGGAGGUUCACCGCUACUAAAGUGGACGCCAACAGUCUUGGGCUGGGCAAUCACAACUUCUGCAGGAACCCCGACAAUGACAGCACUCCCUGGUGCUACAUCUACAAAGGCACUCAGAUUGUUUGGGAGUUCUGCUCUUUGCCCAAAUGCCCUGAAGAUCGGUUCAGAGAAUGUGUUCAGGGCUCUGGUCAGUCGUACAGAGGAACAGCGUCUGAGACCAAGAGCGGCUCUCGCUGCCUCCCGUGGGAUUCGCCCGCCGUCAGACGCAAACUCAACAACGCCUGGAGGUCGGAUGCGUUGGAGCUGGGGCUGGGCAGCCACAGUUUCUGCAGGAAUCCAGACGGUGAUGCAGGUCCGUGGUGUCACACUUACAAAAACAUGCAGCUGACCUGGGAGUUGUGUGACAUACCUAAAUGCUCGAGACGUCCAUCCAUCAUCACCACUCUCGGCCCACGUGCUCCCACCACUAAUAACAAUAACAACGGAGCUACAUGUGGCCAGCGUCUGGACAACACCCUGAAUCGUCCGGCGUUCCGCAUGUUCGGAGGCAGAGAGAGCGACAUCACGGAGCAGCCGUGGCAGGCGGUCAUUAACGUCUACCAGGCCCGGCACAAGAAGCACUUCAUCCGGUGCGGAGGGGUCCUCAUCGACUCCUGCUGGAUCCUGUCUGCUGCUCACUGCUUCACCGACAGCGAUAAAGCAAAAGACAUGGAAGUGAUUUUGGGAAGAACGUUCCGAAAACAGAACUCCAGCAGCGAGCAGAUUUUCAGGGUUGAGAAGUUUUGGAUCCACGAGAAGUUCGACAACGAAACAUUCGACAAUGACAUCGCUAUUUUGAAGCUGCAGACGGACAUUGGCAUCUGUGCUGUAAACUCUCCAGAGGUUCUUCCGGCGUGUCUGCCCGACCGCGGGCUGGUGCUGCCCGACUGGACCGAGUGUGAGAUCUCAGGCUACGGAAAAGAAGCAGAAUUUUCUGCAGAGUACUCUAAUCGCGUUAAGAGAGGUCACGUCCGCCUGUGGCCCAAAGAGCGCUGCAUCCCAGAUGUGCUGUCCGGACGCACCGUCACCUCCAACAUGCUGUGUGCCGGAGACACUCGAGGCCUGGACGACGCCUGCAAGGGAGACUCUGGUGGUCCUCUGGUCUGCCGAAACAACGACCGGAUGACUCUGAUGGGCGUCAUCAGCUGGGGCGACGGCUGCGGGCAGAAGGACAAGCCCGGCGUCUACACCCGCGUCACCCAUUACAUCGACUGGAUCAACAGCAAGAUUAAAGGAAGCACGGUCUAAAGUGAAAGAGACUGCAGAGAGGAUGUUGUUGGAUGACCGUACCCAUAACCAGAGUGGGUGAAACAGAUAUGCUCGUCAUUAGGAAGGUAGACAGGGACGUCCACUGGUCUCUGAGAGCCUGUUGAUCUGUGGAUCCACAUCCAAACAGAUGGACGUUUUAAGCCAGCAGGAUGACUUCUACUGAGACACACAAGAAGAACCUCAGUCUUGCUCGGUGUAGCUCCGCGUUCUCAAGUUUUCUGCUCCUUACUUUGUUGAACGUGACAGUUAUGUACGGACAGAACCAGAACUUCUUCCUCCUUCUGGGCCAUUUUGAACCUGAUAACGCUUUCAUGUACUUUUUUUUUUUUUUUGGUAUUUCUUUCAUCAAACUUGAAGGUUUGGCCAGUUAACAAGAAAAAUAGGAGAAUAAAAAAGUGCACAUCCCUGAGUUCUGUCUGGCAGGUUUAUACAACCCCAGAGGAACCCUCCUUAACCUCCAGGCAUUAGCUGAGCACAGGGCAGGGAUGUGUUUGCUACUUCAAAGGGCAUUUUUUAAAAAAAGUUUAGUGUCAAGACCGUGUUUCCAGCUCGAUUUAAGGCUUUAUUGGCUGAAUUUGUUUGAUGCACAUUUGCUUACGAGAAAUUCCAGAUCUUCAUCCAAACCACAACAUUUAUCUGCUGGUUCAGAUUCUGCUUAUUCCUGCAGUUUUUCAGCCUUUAGUUCUGCCUGGUUGAACACAUUUUGGACAAGUGGAAGCAGAAAAGAGAUCUCCUCCCAGCAGAGGAAGAGUAAAACCCCGCUUGUUGUUCUCGUAUUAUUUUGUGCCUCCAGAUCACUUCUCCUCCAGACGCCUGGGUUGAGCCCAGCGUGUAUAUAACAUGUAUAUUUUCUGAUUAUUGAAUAUUGAAACCUGUUUUUAUCUGUUCUGCUUUAAAACUUAACGCCUUAACAAACCGAGCUUUAGAUGUUUUGUACUAAGUUAAUAUUUAUGUGUUUUACACUGUUUUGUAGAGAUGUUCACAUGUUUAGGUACAUGUAUGUAUGUGUAGCUGAAUUAUUUAUUGUCAGUGUCUUUAUAACCACAACUGGAACCUUUAGUCAAUAAAUAAUAUUUGGAAUA